GUGCGAAGUUAAACAUUUUGGAGGCUGGAAUCAGAUUUGCAUACCCUGUCCUGAAAAUCUAUCAAUUGAAUCACUGUCCCGAUACUAAAUCGUUAUAUAUUUAUUUAAAACCGCAUAAAUUAGUUAUUUAGGUGACCACGUCGCGGGAUAUAACCGAACAGCCAUAACAGCAAAUCAAUAGUUUCCGCUCGCGCUGCGGGUUGGCAGGAAGUGACGCAAUGACAGCGGAAAUAGCGACACCGGUUUGAUGUAGCGCGCCAAUGAGCCUGACGUGUGCGGUGUGCAUCUUGCUUUUUCGGCUACUGUUAGCCGUGUAGCAGGCUUAGGCAGAAGUUUAACUAAAAAUGAUCAUGUAUAAUUUGGAAGAAAUUGAGAGGCAUAUUUUGCUCUAAAGUACUAAUCAUAUAGAUAGUGACUGCAGCGUCUGAGGAGUUUUUUUCACUGCUGUGCUCAGAGAAAGGAUAGAGCUGAAGAGCUUACAUUUGCCGGAGGAGCACCAUGUCCGUGCCUUUUGUCCAAGACUGGGACCUCGUACAGACGCUAGGUGAAGGAGCCUAUGGAGAAGUUCGGCUGCUGGUUAACAGAAAGACAGAGGAGGCGGUGGCAGUGAAGGUGGUGGACACGUCUCGAGCUGAAGAUUGCUCCGAGAAUGUAAAGAAGGAGGUGUGCAUCAACAAGCUGUUGUCCCACCCCAACAUUGUGCGCUUCUUUGGUCACCGGCGUGAGGGACACACACAGUACCUCUUCCUAGAGUACUGCAGCGGAGGUGAACUCUUUGAUCGCAUUGAGCCAGAUGUUGGCAUGCCAGAAAAAGAUGCUCAGAGAUUUUUUCAGCAGCUGAUUGCGGGUGUGGAAUACCUUCACAGUGUUGGAAUUACACACAGGGACAUCAAACCAGAAAACAUACUCCUGGAUGACAAAGACAACCUGAAGAUGUCCGAUUUCGGUCUGGCCACUAUGUUCCGUCACCGUGGGCGGGAGCGUAAGCUUACUCGUCUGUGCGGUACUCUGCCCUACGUGGCCCCGGAGCUCAUGUCACGCAAGGAGUUUAGCGCCCAACCGGCUGACAUAUGGUCCUGUGGUAUCGUCCUCACUGCCAUGCUAGCUGGAGAGUUGCCGUGGGACCAGCCUAUUGAAACCUGCCAAGAGUAUUCUGAUUGGCUGCAGAAGAAAACGUACAUUACGCCCUGGAAGAAGAUCGACGCCCUGCCUCUCAGUUUGCUGACCAAAAUUCUUCUGCAUGACCCUGAGAAAAGAAUUGCUAUACCUGAUAUCAAAAAAGACCGCUGGUUUAACAGAGGCUUUAAAACCGUUGUAAAGAGGCAGUGUGACUCGCAGAGACCUGCAGCGAAGCUGCUGAGGUCAGAUUCGGAGCAGACUCCUUUCAGCAGGGAGGGCAGUGAGGAUAGGGUGCAGAUAUCCAGCUCGCAGCCAGAACCCACUCUGGGCCUGCCGUUCUGGGAAUCCGGUGUGAGCCACGUCCUGAUGGAUGCGCCGCAGGUCAGCUUCUCCCAGCCUGCCUGUCCUGAUCACAUGCUGCUGGGGAGCCAGUUACUGGGAACCCCUGGAUCCAGUCAGAACCCCUGGCAGCGCCUGGUUCGGCGGAUGACGAGGUUUUUCACUACCCUUGUGGCCGAGCAGUCCUUUGCCGCCCUUACGGACGCCUGCGUAAGCCUGGGCUAUAAGUGGAAGCAGAACUGCAUCAAUCAGGUCACGGUUUCCACAAUGGAUCGUCGCAACAACAAGCUGAUCUUCAAAGUGCACUUCCUAGAAAUGGAGGAAAGGAUCCUCGUGGACUUCAGGCUGUCAAAGGGUGAUGGCUUGGAGUUCAAGAGGCACUUCCUGAAAAUGAAACGGCACCUCAGUGACAUCAUCAGUAAUGUUAAGGUGCCUCUCCCCAUGACGUGAUGCCUGACAGGAAGACGGAGGCUCUGCUGUAAACACCUUUCAUGUCCUCAUUGUUACAGGAGGAAUAAUUCCAGGCUGGUUCACCACAGCAUGCACAGUCACCUUUGCUGUCUGAUUUACCCAUCAGCAGGAGCAUUUAAGGACCUGAAAUGCCGAGACUGCUGACAUUUCAGGCAUUUUGCAGGCGUACUCACACCUUUCCCAGCAACCUCAUUUGCAUAGUGGAGGCAUUUAACUGUGCUGUCACUUCUCUCCUCUAUUAUUUUUCAAGUUGGUGUUUGUUGUUCUGAUUCUUUUUAAAGCAGUUGUCCAUCAGGACUGGAAAGUAUACAAAUCGCAGUUGUUUUGUUGUUGCUGAAGGCCGCCUGUGUUUUGCUGAUGCUAGUCAAAUAGGGUACAGCAGAUAGUCACUGCCACGAUAUAUUGUUUCACUUUACCAACCACAUUAAAUCUGAUUGGAAACAACCAAUCACGCUUUACUUCUCCAAAUAAAGGCAUUGUGUAUUUUCAUGCCUGCCAAUGUAUGACACUGUAGACCACACAUUAGCUACUCUAGACAGCUUCUGAUGAAUACCUCAUUAAAGAUGGAUUCCACUACAGCAUCCCUCACUUUGAGUUCGAGUGAGAGUUCAUUUGCAUUUGAGAAGGAGCCAGUUGGUUUUCGAUCCAUGAAAGGCACAGACACGCGUCUUGGGGACCUCAGCAUUCUUAGUAUCUUCAUAUGCAGUAUGUAGUUCCAAAUAGCGAAGCUCUAGGAGGGUUUAAUAUCUUGGGGAAGAUGCUUUCGCAGAAGUACGAAUGCCCUGCCUUAGAUGCAAUGAACAGGAAGAGGCGAAGAACUCCAGAUGACCUUCUGAGGAAUGAUUGCUGGGAGAUCUGAUUUAAUGUGAACACAGGGUUCCUGAGCUCUUCAUUGCUGUUUGGUGUGUGGGGCUUACAGCACGUUCUCUUGGUUGUUUUAAAAGUCGUAAAUAAAAUGGUUUUUAAAUUAG